GUUGGCUUGUUGUGGGGUAGUCACAGGCCACGACGCGAUGCGCCCUCAGUCAGUUUUGUGCGAGUUGUGUGACUUGGUGUCAAGUGAUGAUUUUGCGAAGAAGAACAAAGAGUUAAUAGAGAAGUGAAAACAGUGUUGGCUGGAUGACGUAUACUGUUUUGGAUCUUUGAAGAUGUUGCUUUCAUUUGACUUGAGUUCUAGUGGGUGUAACGCUUUGAAAUGAGUGAUGUAGUUAUCAAAGAAACGGCGAACAGAUUAUCAUCAUAGUUAUUUGUGUUUCAUACUUUUCGUAAUGAUUUGAGGCCUAGUGAAUGCAACGUUAUGUGUAUUUACUAAUCUCUGCUCUUUUGUAAAAACGAAAAAAGCACUACUCUACAGUAGUCCCACCCUUCAGUAACUGAUUUUUGAUGACUGUAACUAUAAACGAACUGGUGCGAGGAUGCUGUUCGCGAAGAAAGGCGGUUGUAGCCACGGUCUAGACCGUGGUUGCACCAUGGGCGGCAAUUACGAGACCCUCAGAGAAGAUUCCCUUGAAAUCUCGUGCAGCACAGAAGAGCUGAUCCAAGGGAGCAGAGAGCCAGCUGCAAAAUUCCAAAGAAAACCAGACUCAGAUUCAGCGACGAAGUGGGGCUGGUGCAGGAGAGCCGACCUCUUGUUUACAGUGUAUAUUCCCCUCUACUGGUGCUAUUUAUUUUUGGGUGCAGCUCUUUUCUCUAGAAUUGAAGGCCCCAUUGAACAGAGGUAUAUACAGUUCAUCCGUGACAUGAGGGCUGAUUUCCUCAAAAAGCAUCCAUGUGUUGCAGAUGCCGAUUUGGAGGAGCUGAUCACAGAAAUCAUCAGUGCCAACAACCGAGGAGUGUCAGCUGUCAAGAAUGCUACUAGUGAACCAAAUUGGUCGUUUGGACAAAGCUUUUUCUUCUCGAGCACAAUCGUAACUACUAUAGGAUAUGGACAUGUUCAUCCAUUAUCAGAAGGAGGGAAGAUUUUCUGUAUCAUAUAUGCAGUGAUUGGUAUUCCAAUGACAUUCAUACUACUUACGGCAUUAGUAGAGCGUCUUUUGAUCCCAGGUACAUGGUUACUGUAUUGGCUUAACUCAAAAUUAGGCCAUCUCUACCAGCCAUUCAACAUCCGAGUGUUUCACCUUGGCAUCAUUGGAGUUAUUUCUCUUUUGCUCUUUAUGAUCUUCCCAGCACUCAUUUUUGCCAAAUUAGAGCCUGGCUGGGACUUCCUAGACUCCCUUUACUACUGUUUCAUCUCCCUUACAACCAUUGGGCUUGGAGAUUACAUCCCAGGGGAUGCCAGAGAUCAACCAAUGAGACCACUCUACAAAGUUUGCAUCACAGCUUACCUGUUGUUGGGUCUGACUUUUGUCAUGUUGCUGCUCCAUUUGUACAACGAUAUUCCCCAGUUAAAUUUGGGCCUGUUUCUAUUGCGCAGUUCAGAUACUGCACCAAAUGAUCCAGAACGUAUGAGACUGAGUGGCACAGGUGGAGUUGCUCCUAAAUACACAUCAGCUUUUGAAUUGCAGCACAACGAUCAGCCUGUCCGCCAGAAUGUGAAAGUUGUAUCUCGGCCUGUGGAUUCUCCAAGCCCUGAAGAAGACACCACACCCGUCCAUGCACAGAUGCCUCCAAUUAUUCCUGCAAAUCAGUGAAUUAAUUAUAUUAAAUUGACCUUUGAGCCUCUUUCAUGUGAUCCUGUUUUUAUAAAGAAACUUCCUUGACUUGUCUUUUGGUUUUAGUUUCUUUUACACACUUUAUGCUAGUCUUCAACUUAAUAAAUAAUAAUACCUAUCUUUGAAAAACUAUAAAUAAAUUACUGUAGUAAAGUUUUUGCCUUAUGUAACUAUGUAUUUGAUGUAAACACAGAAUUCUGAUGGAUCUCUUGAAUGUAUAUAGUAUGUGAAGUCAGUUAAGUCAGUAUAGCCUUUCCUGUUCAUUUAGUAUCUGCAUCCUAAAAGAUGCUACUGUUCAAAAGGUUGACAAGUUAAUGGAGUACUCAGGCAUUGUUUAAUAUAGUAAUUUGUUGAGGAAUAUGUCAGUAUUACUGUGCAGUGCAUAAACAUUUUUUGUAUAAAAAUGACUUCUAAAUCUGCAUAAUGUUUUUAAUAUUCACAAAACUUUUAAAAGUAUAUUGAUUAUAAAAUGUCUGAUAGAGUUGUGUUAUAUCGUAGUUUAGCAGUAAAAUUGUUCUUAGUCUGAAAAUUUAAAACUAACUAUAGGGCAUUAUCAGGUGUGAAUGUUUAAAUUACCACAGGUAUGUAAAUGCAGCAAGUCUCUGGUUGUGGAUUCAUCAGAAACAAUGCUGUUUAAGCCUAUUAUUACCCAAUUGAAUUUUUUACUACAGUAAUGUCUUUGUCCUAAUUGUAUACAUGUUGCCUGCUAAGAAGAGAAGCGUUUAUUAUGGAAACACUUCAGUUGGCCAAAUUAUAGUAUUCCAAGCUGCUUCAUAAUAGCAACACUGAAGUUUUUGGCGUUUGCUUUUACAAAGUGCUGUAUGUAUUAUUGAAAAAAAGUAAGACUUCCAAAUGGUUAGCUAAAUUUUACUAAGAAUUGUAGAUCGCUAAACUUAAAAUACUACGCACAUUUAUCUUUAAAAAGUAUGAAAUAUGUACAGAAACUUGAUAAAUGAUUUUUAACUAUUGAGUAAAAGCAAUUUGGGCAAAGCAACCAGUGUUAACUUUUUAAGAUUCCACAAAUUUUUUUCCAAUAAUGAAGAAUUCUGAAAUAAUUUAAAAACAUCACACUCAAAACUGCAGUGGCCUGACUGAUGCAAGUACCUAGUGACAAAUACAGUUUAUUUACAAAAGGCAUUUUGAAAAUGGUUAAGAAUUAUAGUUAGUUUUCAUGAGCUAAGCCUGGUAUGAGUGAACAUUUUUAUAAUCUCUAACACUGUUGCUUAUGUACGCAGUCAAGUUAGUCUUUGCAGGUGACUGGUACAGUAUAAGCUCAUUCUUUCCACAUCAUAAAAUUCUUUAAAAUACAAUUUACCCAAUGUACCAAAUACCUUUUAUGUUUAUUUAAAAUUAAGUAAUUAAGUUUGAUGUUCAGUGAAAAAGUUUCAUACAAUCAAACAUUUAAACCUGUUAUUUAGUUUUCUAUACUUUAAUAUUACAAUUUUGUAUAUUUACAAUAUCCUUCUUGUUUUAAACAUCAGUUUUUCACAGUUACAUGGUAAAAAAUGGUAAAAAAAAUUUGUUAUACAAGUAGUUACAAAACAUUGUUGGACUGCUUUAUGAAAUAUUUUGAUGUCUACAUUUAGAGAAUAUAAGUACAUAUAUAAUUCAUUCUAUUUGAAAGUUUUUUAAAACUCCAUGUGCGUUAUAUUUAACAUGAGUUCAUUUCAUAUACAAGCAUACAUAAGCCUAAAUUUAUUGUUAAAACUUUGGUACAUCCUUUUAUAAGUUUAAAUCCGUCCACCAAGUCUUGUUCUCUAGAUGUUUCUGUUUCUAGAAUAUUGCACAUUCAGUACAGUAUGAUUUAAAGACUACGUAAUGAAAUAUAACUUGGUGAGUAAUCUAGCUACCUUUGACCAAAUUCUUUAUAAUAUGAAAAGAGCAUCAUAAUGCCGUGUUAAAUCUAAUACUUAUUUAAAGUGACUAUCCUUGUUUACAUAGUUAUUCUUAUUUUAGAUUAUGAAGCAAUCUCAGAGUUUACCAAGAUUAAAUUUUUUUUAUAUUGUUGUGUUUAACUGAUUGCCUUAGUACUUUUAUGUGCUGUUCAAAUUUUGAUAUGUCAAUCACUUAAAACUUUGCCUAGUGUGGUAAUAAAGAAUCUUUCAUAGAAAUUUCUUAUGGCAAACAUUUACAGUUUUACAAUCAUCAAAUGUCCCCAAAAAGUCAUACCAUGUACAAUGUGCACGUUAGUUCAAUUGAAAUAUUCUAUACAAACCCCAAAAAAUAUUAAAAUGCAGAUCCAUUUUCAUAUUGUUACCAAUAUCAUUAAACUGAGUACAGUAUAUAGUUUUUAACAUUUAAAUUGUACAUUACAUUUAUUGUCUUAAGCAAAACAAAAUGCACUAAUAAGAAUUUAUCAUCAAAAGUAUAUUUUCAACAUAAUGUUACACCCAUAAAUCAUAAUGUAUCAUUAAUCUUUACCAUCAUUACUUCUCUGAAAAUAAUAACAUACCUAAAAAGACUAACAUAAUACAAGUGGUAAGUCCUGCAACAAUAACAAUAAAUGCAGUAAACUGAAAUAUUUUUAAAAUUUACAAGAUACUAUACCCAUCAUCAACCAUUAUUAGCCCAAUUUACAGUGAUGAUUUUCCAAAGGCAUAAUAAUAUCUGAUCUCCUGAAGACAGAAAGACAACAACCAAAGUGAUUGUUGACAUCUUACCUUCAACCCAUCAUUAGGAAGUAACUGCUGUCAUUCUUUCAUGUGUGUGUUCAUGUUAUGCUAAUAAAGCCACAUAAAAUUUU